UCAUGCGUCAAGGAGCGCCACGACAAACAGCUGUUUACCCCAAAACACUCCAGUGGCUGCAACGGGUCGAUGUUAUUUUACCAGCACGGAAACACGGGAUUAUCAUAGGCUGAUAUGAGCACUGAGGUCCGCGACGGAGCCCGGCGAGACGCAGCGCAGGGACCAUUGUGUCGGGAGAGACAGACUUCACGCUUGAUCCGGCCCAUGGAUCCUAUUGGCUUCCUAUUGAUCUGUUUAAAGAAGUUACCCCACUGACAGCUUCUUCUUUCCCCCCCCAUGCCGGCGCGCCUCUGGCACCGGAGAGGUUGUGCCACCGCUUUCUGGCUCAGAUGAAUUGACAGCCGCACUAAUGAUAAGAGCUUCCCCUUCAGGACAGGAGAUUGUACAUGAUGAAAAAGAAAAAUCCGGGAAAGCCUCAGAGGACUGAUUCGUCUCCUUCCCUUCGCCGCCCUGCUGGGAGUUACUAGCUCUUCGGUUCCAGGUGAUGAUAUUUGUUCACCUCAGAGGAACUCACACAGGAAGUGGGCCAAUCUACUCCAAUGGGGUUUGACAACGAGACCAACCAGACUCUUCCAGACGCGACCCCGUACAGCCUCCGGGUCGCCCUGCCGCUCAGCGUGCUGGUGGGAAUCAUGAUCUCGCUGACGGUGUUUGGCAACGUGCUCGUGGUCAUCGCUGUGUUUACAAGCCGGGCCCUGAGGGCUCCGCAGAACUUAUUCCUGGUGUCUUUGGCGUCGGCGGACAUUUUGGUUGCUACCCUCGUGAUGCCUUUUUCCUUGGCCAAUGAGCUGAUGGGAUACUGGUACUUUGGCGAGGUGUGGUGUGCGAUAUAUCUGGCACUUGAUGUUCUCCUCUGCACCGCCUCCAUCGCCCACCUGUGCGCCAUCAGCUUAGACCGCUACUGGUCCAUCACGCAGGCCAUCGAGUACAACCUGAAGAGGACGCCGCGGCGCAUCAAGUGCAUCAUCUUCAUCGUGUGGGUCAUCGCGGCGGUUAUCUCCUUCCCGCCUCUCAUCACCAUGGAGAAAGAAAACAGCGAGGAGGAGCCCGUGUGCAAGAUCAAUAACGACAAAUGGUACGUCAUUUCCUCGUGCAUCGGCUCCUUCUUCCUCCCCUGCGUCAUCAUGGUCCUGGUUUACGUGCGGAUCUACCAGAUCGCCAAGAAGAGGACGCGGGCGCCGCCGGGAGACCGGAAGCGGAAGGAGAGGCCGAAGACGGCGACGGUCGCCGCCGCCGACCAGAGGGAGAACGGCGCGGCGGGCGAGGAGCGCCUGUGCCACGAGCGGGAGGACAUCGAGCUGAAGGAGGGAGCGGGAGGAGCCGACGGGGAGAAGGCCGACCUCAACGGGGACCUCGAAGAGUCGUCGUCCUCCGACCACAAAGUCAACAAUCCGUGCUCCAUCAAAAAGAAAAUGGCCAAGGGGAAAACCAAAGUGAGCCAGAUGAAACCGGGCGCGCCGCCGAAGAGGACGUCGAGCUUCAAGGGCAGCCGCUGGAAGGGUCGCCAGAACCGGGAGAAACGCUUCACCUUCGUCCUGGCCGUGGUCAUCGGCGUGUUCGUCGUCUGCUGGUUCCCCUUCUUCUUCACGUACAUGCUGAUGACGCUGUGCGCGUCCUGCCUGGUGCCCAACACGCUGUUCAAGUUCUUCUUCUGGUUCGGCUACUGCAACAGCGCGCUGAACCCCAUCAUCUACACCAUCUUCAACAAUGACUUCAGGAGGUCCUUCAAAAAGAUACUGUGCAAGAGGGACACGAGAAGAUAUGUAUGAUGGACUCCAUCUUCAUGUACAUGUUUGUUUUUGUUUUGACUAUAUUGUACAUAAAAUAUAAGAAUACAUCGCGCAUGGGUUGCUGGCUUGUGUGCGCGCUCGGUGUCGCCGCUUGAAAACGUUUUCCCAGGUUGAGCUUUACGUGCAGCAUCAACACAAACCAUCACAGAGACUCCAGAACACAACACACAGUGAAACCGUGCUUUUAUUUUAAAUGUUGUUGUUGUUGUUUUUUAUAACUGUCACGAUAGGUGUUGUACUCAAAGACAAACAAUGUUGUUGAAAAUUGACCCGUCUGAAUAUUUGUCUAUUUUUUCUCGAUGUUACAGAUACAGUAUUGACAUUUUGUAUCAUAUGAUGGUGGUUAGGAUGCCAAUGACAAUUACAAUGAUGAUGGUGAUGGUGAUGAUGGUGAUGAUUAUGAUGCAGUUGGGGAAGAAAGCUGGCUCUUUAAAGAAUAAAACCAAUUUCCUGAACUGGU